AUUUACAAAUUUCCAGAGUUAUGAUAUUUAUUGACCGAGUAAGAUGAGCAAUAUUUACAUCCAAGAGCCGCUAACAUCGGGCAAGGUUCUUCUGAAGACCACCGUUGGGGACAUUGACAUAGAGCUGUGGGCACGAGAGUGCCCCAAAGCCUGCCGCAACUUUGUGCAGCUCUGCUUGGAAGGCUACUACAAGAACACCGAGUUCCACCGGCUUGUCAAGGGAUUCAUCGUCCAGGGAGGUGAUCCUAAUGGCGACGGCACCGGUGGCGAGUCCAUCUAUGGACAUCCGUUUAAGGAUGAGUUUCAUUCACGACUACGGUACACGCGGAGAGGUUUGGUGGGAAUGGCCAACUCCGGCAAGGACGACAACGGGUCGCAGUUCUUCUUCACGUUCGCACCCACGCCGGAACUCCAGAACAAGAACACAUUGUUUGGCAAGAUCACCGGCGAUACCAUCUUCAACAUGCUCAAGCUGGAAGAGGGAAUCGUGGACCACCAGGAGCGGCCCAUGCACCCCCAUCGUAUAGUGGCCACCGAGGUACUAAGCAAUCCCUUCGAUGACAUUGUUCCUCGCAUUCUGGCCAAGCCAACAAAAAGCAAGAAAAACAAAAAAGAACGCCAGGGAGUUAAAAACUUUGGACUACUUUCCUUUGGAGAAGAAGCCGAGGGUGAUGAGGAAGAAACAAAUGUUUACGUUAAAAAAAACGCCGGGAAGGCCAAAUCUCUACACGACAAUGUGGAUGACCCUAAACUGAGCAAAGAACCAGUAAGGGUGCCGAAAGUUGAAAAAGCCGAGAGCGAGGAACGUCUUUCAGACGACUACCAAGAAGAUAACGACAUGGAGAAGCCUUCGUCAAAGUCUUACUCAGAUCUCGUCAAGAAUAAGCUAUCAAAGGGUUCUAAAAGUCGAUCCGAGAAGAAGGUUAAGGAAGUAGUAGAAGAGAGUGAUUCAGACGACGACGAGGAUGUUUUAAUGACCCGAGAAAAGGAGCAAAGUCGAAAAAUAUCCGAAGAAAAAUCAAAAAUUCGGGAGGAAAUAGCUUCGCUCAAAAAGCAGUAUCAAUUGGACAAGCAAAACAAAGACAAGCUACUUUCAAGUACCCAGGAGAAAGCCUCGAAAGAGGAAAUCAAAGGGGAUACCGAUAAUCAUUAUAUUAAAGAUUUUAUACAGUUCAAGGAGAAAUAUACCGCCAAGGUGAAACUCCAACCCAAAGGACAGUCAAGGGAGGAAUUUACAUUGAGCCUAUUAUCUAAAUUCCGUACAAAACUGGACAACCUAAAGCAAAAGACUGGAUCUGAUGAGGUUGAGCCAGAACCCCAAGAUCUAGACGAGAAAGCAGUUGAACAGGAAAUAAUCGGCGACGAUUGGUUAUCUCAUACCUUAAACUUUAAUAGCACGGCACCUGUUUUGGCUAAAGAUGCUAAUAGUAAAGGAGACGAUUGGUACGAUGCCUACGAUCCCCGGAAUCCCCUUAAUAAAAGAAAACGAGGUGAAAACUCAUCAUCUUCAUCAAGCAAGUCGCGAAAAAAGUAA